AUGACAGUUUUUCAUCUUCUUGUUCUUAUCUUACCUCUUGUCUUGGGUGAUGUUGGUGUCGUCGCUGCGUCAAAUGCAUCGCAAAGCAAUGUCACCACUCCUGUCAGCCCGAAGCCUGUGAAAAUUGCUGACUGGCGAUUCGAUGAGUUCUCUCGUCAUGUGACUGCCAUUCUAUUUGUUCUAUGCAUUGCCAUGAUAAAGACUUACUAUGGACGAAUUAGGUUCGUUUCCGACCUCAUUCCGGAAUCAAUGGUGUUAAUUGUAAUCGGCGUCUGCCUUGGUUGCAUUGUGCGAUUUGCCUGUGGCAUCGACAUUGAGACUACACUGUGGAAUCUUAGCCCGGAACUUUUCUUUGAAUUUCUCCUGCCGCCGAUCGUAUUAGAGUCAGCUUACUGCCUCUAUAAUCGCACUUUCGGCGAAUAUCUCGGGAUCAUUCUGGUCUACGCUGUGUGCGGUACCGUCUUGAACUUCUUCAUCAUAGGCUUUGUCAUGUAUGCCUUGGACGUGGCAGGUGCGAUGGGGCCGAACGUUCCGACGAUGGACAUCAAAGUCUACCUCCUGUUCGCGUCUCUUAUAGUUGCCGUUGAUCCAGUCGCCGUUUUGGCCAUAUUUCAGGAUAUCGGUGUUGACUUGAGUCUCUAUUAUAUGGUUUUUGGUGAGUCCCUACUUAAUGACGCUGUCACUGUGGUCCUCUACAACAUAAUGAGUGCGUUCUGCGGCCAUGUUGUAAUUGAAGGUUCGCAGAUUGCCGUUGGUUUUGUGUCCUUCUUUUCAAUCAGUGUUGGUGGACUGCUGGUCGGCAUUUUCUUCGGUGUCCUCACAAGCCUCAUCACACGUUUUGGAAUAAAACACGAAGUCACAGUAACAAUUCUGCUUGGCUAUCUUGCUUACCUUAUCGCCGACAUGGUGGCCUGGUCUGGUAUAAUUUCUAUGAUUGGUUGUGGUCUCGUACAGGCCGCAUACGCCUUCGACAACAUGAAAAAGAAAGCGGUGAAGACGAUAAGAACUAUUACAGAAGAGUCGGCGACCGUAUGUGAGGCCAUAAUCUUUGUAUUAAUUGGCAUUCAAUUGCUGAAUGUUAGCCUCGUCUGGCAAAAUGGAUUUUGCCUCUGGGGCAUUACAAUGUGCAUUGUGGCCAGACUGAUCGUCGUGAUGGCGCUGACAUUCGCGAUCAACAUGGUGAGAGUGGACAACCGGAAGAUCUCCUUCACUGAACAAAUCAUCCUCAUUUACGGAGGUCUUCGCGGUGCGGUUGCAUUGGCACUGGCACUGCUGAUUGAUAAGCGAACGCUGGGUCCCCUCGGUGAACGCGUGUACGAUCUCAUUGCAACAACCACUCUGCUCAUCAUCCUAGUCACGGUCUGUUUCAUGGGGGUGACAAUGAAGCCGCUUGUCCGUUUGCUGAAAAUAAAAUUAGAGGGCCAAGAGAGCGUCAGCAUUCUAAUGACACUGAACCAGUCCAUCUUCGAUCACUGUCUUGCUUGCAUUGAGUCCAUUUCAGGCAACACAGGGCGCAACCACUUGCGCCAAAUCUUCCUCGAUCUUGAUGACAGAUACAUUCGCCGGGUGCUCCAGCGAGACCCUGAAACGAGCACAAGUAAGCUGGUUCGUGUGUACGAGAAGGUUGCUCUUAAGUUGCACUACGCCAGCAUUCAGCGAACGAAAUCCUCCGUUCACCUGGAAAAGUUGCCGGAACUCGUGAAGGAGCAGUUCUACAGGCAAAUGAAUUCAAUGUCUGCAUGGUCCUUAGACAGACUGGACUCGGCAGAAUCAAGGGGGACAGAGGUUAAAGAAAGGACAAAAGUGAGAUAUAGCAAGGACGGCACAGAUAAAGUAUUCAAGUCAAUUCUGCGUACAGCAAAAUCGCAGGACGACAAUGAUGAAGAUAUUGAUAUCCGCUCGGAAGUCCAGCGCGCUAAAAGAGUCUGCUUUGAACCGGGAACUAGGCGGCAGUCGGAUUUCAGCCAUGACUUCCUUAAGGCCAUCCACUCAAAGGCUUCUCUGAUCCGCAGGCGAGCAACGAUAGGCGCUGAGAUGCCGGAUACCCCAGAAAUGAAGCCAAAGCUCAGUGUUCUGAACGAACAGUACGACUUUGAGAGUACUGAGUCCCUGCCAUUUGCCAAACCCUCCUACAAGUUAAGUUCCUCUGAGGAUUCAAAUGUAAGCGACUAUACACAAACAUUGCCAGAAGAGAAGAGAGACUCUUCAGGUGAAGCAUAA